AAAUUUUUUUAAAACGAUUUUGACCAAUUCAUGUGAAUGAUCUCUGCAAAUUUUCUUCGAGUAAUACGACAUAAAUUAACUUCAUUUCUUUGGUACAGCACUUCUUACCUGGUCAAAUUCCAAGGAUCACAUAACAUAUAGUAUAAAGAGAAAGAAGGAGCUCACACAGCUCAUAGAACAGAUUAAUCCCAUGACGAUGGAUACCCCCUUCAAUUGGAUUGCUUCCUUCAUUUUCCUUGCCUUCAUUUUAACUUUAGGAAAGAAAUGGAUGAAAUCCAAAACAGUAAAUGCUACCCAGAAGCUGCCACCAGGUCCAAAGAAGAUACCUUUCAUUGGAAAUUUGCAUAAUUUGCUGGGUUCAUUACCCCAUCAUGCUCUCGCAAAGUUAGCUAAAAAGUAUGGUGAUCUGAUGCAUCUACAGCUUGGUGAAGUAUCAGCUGUCGUGGUGUCAUCGCCACAUUCGGCAAAAGAGAUUCUGAAAACUCAUGAUCAUGUCUUUGCAGACAGGCCGGAAAUCCUAGUUGGCAAGAUCAUAUGCUAUGACAGUUCAAGCAUUGCAUUCUCUCAAUACGGAGACUAUUGGAGACAAAUGCGGAAAAUAUGCGCCAUGGAACUACUUAGUGCCAAAAGUGUUCGAUCAUUUGGCUCUAUUAGGCAAGAUGAUGUUUUGCAUCUGAUUUCAUCUAUUCAGGGUUCCACUAUUGGUGGACAACCAAUCAAUUUGACUGAAGAAAUUUCCUCAUUCACAAGUUCCAUGAUUUGCAGAGCAGCAUGCGGAAAAGUCUUUAGAGAACGAAUUACGCUCAUAAAAUUAAUGAAGGAAGUAUUGUCCCGAACGAGUGGGUUUGACAUCUCUGAUCUGUUCCCAUCCCAGAAGAUUCUCCACCGUCUAAGUUGGAUGAAGCCCACAUUGCAGAAGCUGCACCACAAGAUUGAUGUGAUUUUGGAAAGCGUAAUCAAUGAGCAUAUUGAGAACUUAGCAAGAUCGAAAACGGUGAAUGGCGAGUUCGGCCAAGAAGAUCUAAUUGAUGUCCUAUUAAGGAUUAAAGAAAGUGGUGACCUUCAAUUUCCAAUUACCAACAAAACAAUCAAGGCUAUACUGUUUGAUAUGUUCACGGGGGGAACUGAAACUUCGGCCACAUUGGUUGAAUGGGCUAUGUCUGAGAUGAUAAGAAAUCCAAAAGUGAUGUCCAAGGCACAGAACGAGAUUAGAAAAGCCUUCUUGGGAAAGGAAAAAAUUGAAGAGAUGGAUACUGAAGGUCUAAGAUAUCUUAAGUUAGUGAUUAAAGAAACUCUAAGAUUACACCCUCCUCUGCCUCUGUUGGUUCCCAUGGAAUGCAGGAGGCAAUGUGAAAUAGAUGGAUAUAUCAUCCCUAGCAAAACAAGAGUCUUCGUUAAUGCUUGGGCAAUCCAAAGAGAUCCUAAGUACUGGGAUGAUCCGGAGAGUUUUAAGCCAGAGAGAUUCCACAACAAUCCAGUUGAUUUCACAGGAACACAGUUUGAAUAUCUACCAUUUGGUGGAGGAAGGCGAAUUUGUCCAGGAAUUUCAUUUGGUUUAGCCAAUGUGGAGCUUCCUUUAGCUCAACUGCUGUACAACUUCGACUGGAAACUCCCGGGUGGUAUCAACUCCAAUGGCUUAGACAUGACGGAGACCUGCGGAAUAACAGCACCAAGAAAAAACAAACUUUGCUUGGUUGCCACCUUGUAUGAUCCAACCGCUUGAUACGCCAACCCCCAUAAAGAUAAUAAGGUUCACUUUUGGCGAUCAGCUGAAUAUCACCAGUUUUUUUUUCUUCUCUUAAACAUUUCUUUGUGUUUCAUUUCAGUACAGCUGCAGCUGUAUGGUUGUUGGACUUAGGAAUGUCAAAAAAAAAAAUAAUAAAAGUUCUAAGCAAUUGAACUCAG